UUUCAUGUCCUUUUUAUUUUCCAACUACUCCCUACGUCUCCUCUCUCUCUUCAAUUUCCCCUAUAAGAUGAUCCAUAUAUCAACUGAUCCCCAUUCCAGACCGUUCGGCACAUAGCAGGAAAGCUGAGCUGACUGCUGAGAGCUCCUCUCAAGCUCCAUAGCCAUGGAGAUCCUCCCUGGCCCUCCCUUGGACUUCAACUUCCAUAGCACAGCCUCCUCUCCGUACACCACAGCCCCUUCCAGCCCUCAGCCAUUUGGCCACAACCACCGUUUCUACGACAACCUCAGUGCCCCCACUAGCCCCACCCAAUCCUCUCCUAUCAACAACUUCUUCCGCCAGAUCAACCGGUCGAGGAAGUCUCUCUCCGCGGUUCCGUUCGACUGGGAGGAGAAGCCUGGGGUCCCUAAGCAUAGAGGUAGAACAACAAGUACCGAAGAUGGUGAGGUGGAUGACGAUUUCGAGUUCGAUUUUAGCGGGCAACUGGAUGCCAGAGCGUCUGCUUCUGCUGAUGAGCUGUUCGACGGUGGCAAAAUCCGGCCCCUGAAGCUGCCACCUCGGUUGCAGGUCGGGUCAGGAGAUAACGAGUCGGCGUCCUUGACCACGUCCCCGAGGACGCCCAGGUCUCGGUUUUCCCCGAAGAAGAAACCGGUCCAGACGGAAGAUUUCGAUCCGUUCGCUAAGGCAUUGGAAGAAACCCGGAAAACAGAGCCGCCAUUUCAGCAGAGAGAACAACGGUACACCCGAGGAAGAGACCGGAACCUCCGACCAUCAUCGUCAUCAACUUCAUCAAACUAUUUCCGGCGAGGAACGCGGUCUCUAUCCCCCCUGAGAGUGUCAGACAUAGUUCUUGAUGAGGAGGCCAACAAAGGCCCUUCGUCUUGUGCUGCUGCAUCAACACAAGCGGCAAACUCUGUCAACCCGAAACCUGACUCGUCGGCUGCCUCCUACUUCUCCUCCCUCCUCUCAUCAAUCUCGUUCACGAAAGGUUACCGCAAAUGGAGCUUCCGGGACUUUUUGCUCUUCCGUAGCGCGUCUGAGGGCAGAGGGACGAGCCGGGAUCCGCUGAGGAAGUACACAGCCCUGUCUAGGAAGGCAGCCAUCAUUGCGGAGGAUGCAAAGAGCUGCAGCUUCCGGUCGACCGAUAGCGCCGGAUCCUCUAUCUCGAGAUCGAGCCGGAGAUCGAGGUCAAACUUGUCUGCCCACGAGAUUCACUACACGGAGAACAGAGCGGUCUCAGAGGAGAUGAGGAAGAAGACCUUCUUGCCGUACAAGCAAGGGUUGUUGGGUUGCUUGGGGUUCAAUCCUGGCGUUAAUGAACUGGCCAGGGGCAUCGGGUCUAUGGCGUCGCGCAGUUGAUCGUCUUUGAAGGGGAUAUGUCUAUGCUCGGACGGUGCCAAUCACGCUAUAGGAGGCUUGUUGGGAUCAUAGUACUUCACGCUUGCUUAAUCGGCGAAAUAUACAAUCACCUAGAUGCAACCAGUAGUACUAAUCAAUAUUUGUAAGCAAGUCCAUUCGUAGUCUAGAUUUCUAUAUAUAAUUCAUUUACUUACUAGACAUAAAAUUUUGUUUAUAAACAACUACCAAAAUAUUUAGACAUUAUAUAUGAUCUCAAAUUUAUUUUUU